AUCAAAUAGCAUUUCUUCAUCUUCUCCAUGCAGAGGACCUACUAGUUGCUUGUUCUUCCUCUUGCUUCAAACAUAGCUGCAGAAAACCAUUUAUUAUUAUUUUUAACCUCUCUUGCAAGCCUGAGCUCGUUCUGAGAUUCUCCCUGAAAGCGUUGACUAUUCAUUUAUACUCUUCCAUCAUGAUUUGCCUCUUCUAUACAUGCCCCUUUUAAAUCUUAAAAAAUAUGUUUUUAUUGAUUAGUUUAGGGUCAUUUGGAAUUUGAUGUUGAGUAUAGAAUUCUACUUUGUGAGACCCUCCUUCUCCUCUUCUUCUUUUUAAAUAUAUAUCAAGUUUCUAGGCCUUAUGACUGAGAAGUCGGCUUGAAAUUGAAGGGACAUUGUAGGACAUUUUAGAAGCUGAUGAUUAAGGCUUGAGGCUUCACAACCUCUUGACAUUUCCCUGAAUCUCUGCCAAGAUUAGCAAAAGAAGCCAGGAAAUGCAAACAAAGCAGGCAUAUGGAAAGCAACACCGAGAUGUCUCGCCAAGUCACUGUUCUCGUGAUUGGAGCUGGAAGUCGGGGAAGGACUUAUUCCUUUUUUGCUCAGCAGUUUCCUGCACGCAUGAAGGUGAUUGGUGUGGCAGACCCACAUCCGUUUGCGAGGAAGAGGCUCCAGGAAGCUCAUGGCAUUGAUGAGGACAAUGUGUUUGAUGACUGGACAGCGGCGGCCGAGAAAGAGAGGUUUGCAGAUGCUGUUAUCAUAGCAACGCCCGACAGCCUUCACAAGGCGCCGGCAGUGGCUUUUGCCCACAAAGGAUACCACAUCUUGCUGGAGAAGCCCAUGGCGGUAACACUAGAGGACUGUAAAGAAAUAGUUCUGGCCUGUAAAACCAACGACGUCAUCCUCGCAGUCUGCCACGUCCUGCGCUACCACCCAGUGGCCUUGAAAAUAAAGGAACUUCUAGACGCUGGACUGAUUGGAGACAUUUGCCACAUUCAGCACCUGGAACCUGUUGGAUUCUGGCAUUUUGCCCACUCCUUUGUCAGAGGAAACUGGCGGAACGAAGCCGAGAGCACCUUUUCGCUGCUCGCUAAAUCGUGCCACGAUGUCGACCUCAUCAAUUACUGGAUGGGCAGCAGAAGAUGUUUGAAAGUGUCGUCUUUUGGCAACCUGUCCCAUUUCACGAAAGAGCACAAGCCGGAAGGUGCCGCAGAUCGCUGUUUAGACUGUUCGGUUGAACAAACCUGCCCCUAUUCAGCAAAGAAGAUUUAUCUGGCACAGGCCAAGAUGGGAUACUUUGGGUGGCCAGUAUCUGUGGUCUGCCAUAGCGGUGAGUACGAUAUAGAAUCGCUGACUGACGCCUUGCGCCAUGGCCCCUACGGAAGGUGCGUUUACGAGUGUGACAAUGAUGUUGUUAAUCACCAGGUUGUCAAUAUGGAAUUUGAAGGUGGAGCCACUGCCGCCUUGACAAUGGUUGGCUUCACACACAAACUAGGCGUGAGGAAAACAACCAUCUAUGGGACAAAGGGAGAACUUUCCUGCGAGGGUUCAGGACCAGUGGAGAUUUAUGAUUUCCUGGAAAGGAAGAAAAGCAGCUUUUCUCCAAAUAAAGCAGCUUGUGUCCCAAUGUGUUUAAGUGCUCAUAGCGGUGCUGACUACUACCUCAUGGAGAGUUUCAUUUCAGCUGUAGCGGAAAAUAACCCAUCCCUGAUUCGAACCGGUCCAGAUGACACCUUAAACUCGCAUCUCCUUGUAUUUGAAGCCGAGAGAUCCAGAAAAGAGAAUCGGGUUGUGCUUCUAGAACCAUGAAAAAGAUAGGGGGAGGUGAUGUUGUAUCUCAUGGUCAAUUGCUAUGCUGGUUUAUGAUUAUGCUAUGCUGCUACUAUAUGCAGCUGAAUCGCUUAAGAUGUAGGGAGCAGCUUGCUUGCAUACUUAAAAUGAAGCAGUUAACAGCUUGCAUUCCAAAGAUCUUAAGGGCAUCCUUAUAAUUCCUUUAUAGCACAAGAACUACAGGAGCAUUUUUCAAUUUUAUAGGUUUGCAUUCAAGGAAGACACACCCGCCCCCUCUUGAUUCUGCAGGAGUUUCUCUCCUUGGAAGUCCCCAAGAAGCCCCCAGCAGUAACCAGGGAGGGAGGAGAGCUUCCAAUAUUUUGAGGAACAUCCCAUAUUUUGAGCAUCCCUGCUGAGGUGUGAAUUCUCUGCACUUUUUGGAAACACCCGAGGACGUUUUGGUUUUUUUUUAUUCUUCCCAGCUACGUGAAAAGGUCUGUUUUAGGUGUUUCAUAUUGUUUUCAAGCCAGUGCUUGCACUGUUCUUAAAACCUGUUUUUGUUGAUUUUACUGUGUUUGCAAAUCGCCUCACAGGAAAGGCGAUUUACCCAUAAAACAAUUUACCCAUGGAUCAGCCUUGUAUUUGAGGAGCUUCCCUCCAGAGUUUCAGACAGCUGCCCGUUUCCCCUUCGUACCCGAAGAUGCCAGAGAACGAGAUAUUUUAAUUGAGGAUGUUUUAAUGCCCCAAUAGAAAUAUAUAUAAAAAAUUAUCCAGUAGCACCUUAGAGACCAACUAAGUUUGUUCUCACGUUAUAGGUAGGUAGCCAUGUUGGUCUGCCAUAGUCGAAACAAAAUAAAAAAAUUCCUUCCAGUAGCACCUUAGAGACCAACCAAGUUUGUCAUUGGUAUGAGCUUUCGUGUGCAUGCACUCCUUCAGGUACACUGAAACAGAAGUCACCAGACCUUUAGAUAUAGUGAGAGGGUGGGGAGGGGUAUUACUCAGAAGGGUGGUGAGGUGUGGUAAACCUACCCCUCUCUACCCUCUCACUAUAUAUAAAGGUCUGGUGACUUCUGAUUCAGUGUACAGUGGUACUUCGCAAGAUGAAUGCCCUGCAAGACAAAUGCCCUGCAAGACGAAUUUUUCGCAAGACGAAUGCGUCUUGCGAUCUGAUGUUGACUUGCAAGACGAAUUCAUUUUGCGAAAAAUUCGUCUUGCGAAUCGCGUUUUCCCAUAGGAAUGCAUUGAAAUUUAAUUAAUGCGUUCCUAUGGGCAAAAAAAGAAAUUUUUAAUGCCCCUGUGGGAAACCGUGAUUCGCAAGAUGAAUUUUUCGCAAAACGAAUUGACUCGCGGAAUGAAUUAAAUUUGUCUUGUGAGGCACCACUGUAUCUGAAGAAGUGUGCAUGCACACAAAAGCUCAUACCAAGAACAAACUUAGUUGGUCUCCAAGGUGCUACUGGACAAUUUUUCUUUUCUUUUAUAAUUUAUUUAUUUUUUAAUAUAUAUUUCUACUACGUCAGACCAACAUGGCUACCUACCUCAAUUUAAUGCCCCAAUGGAACUGUUAUUCCAUCACAACAGCCACCCAUUAUCUGGAGUAGCGCUUACAUUGAGAUACAGGUGCCUAACAUCUGUGUUUUCUGAAAUAAAUGAAGACAUUUUUGUUCUGGCUGGUUUUCCCAGCAGGAUGAAUGGGUCUUUGCCACAGGUAUCAGUCUUAAGUAUGGUUUGAGUUUUGUUUUAAAUGCAUUUUCUGGUUUUGAAUGGCCAUUCAUGUACAUCACCUUGAGACACUUUAGGUGAUUAACUGUCAGUAAUAUUCUGUAUGCAAAGCAGAUUCUCUACCACCAAACUUAUGCCCCUCCCCUUCAGACAAAUUUACAAAGGAUAAAGCAAUCAGUGGCUCAUAGCCACGUUGGCUAUAUAUUAUUAAUUAUGGUAUUAAUCUAAUUUAUAUAUUGCCCUAUACCCGGAGGUCCAGUAAUGGAGGCAGUAUGUGUCUGAAUACCUAGUUGCCUGGAAGCAAUACUGUGUGGUAACUGUUUCUUUCACCCGCUCCUUUUCGGCAUCUAGCUGGCCUCUUGGGCGGGAGGGGGGGAGGGGGGAGACGGAACUGGACCCUGGACUAGAUGGGCCCUUUUGAUUUGCAUCAGCAAAGUUCUUAUGUUCUAAUGGAGUGUUCUACCCCUCCUUUGCCAGCUGCUAGCAGAACAUCUGCUUUGCACGCAGAAGGCAUACUUCUACAAUUCUGUGAUGCUAUGAAUUCCUGGCAUCUCCCAGUAGGGCUAGGAGAUAACCUUGCAGAGGUGCUCCCAGACAAUGUAGACCAGGCAUCCCCAAACUUCGGCCCUCCAGAUGUUUUGGGCUACAAUUCCCAUCUUCCCUGACCAUUGGUCCUGCUAGCUAGUGAUCAUGGGAGUUGUAGGCCAAAACAUCUGGAGGGCCGCAGUUUGGGGAUGCCUGAUGUAGACAGUGCUUCUCAACCUUGGGUCCCCAGAUGUAGUUGGACUACAACUCCUAUCAUCCCUGCCCACUGGUCCUGCUAGCUAGGGAUGAUGGGCGUUGCAGCCCAGCAACAGCUGGAGACCCAAUAUUGAGAAAUACUUGAGUAGAGAAUGGGCCCAAUGGUCUGACUCUGCAUUUGCAAGAAUUUGGUUGCUCAUUAUGGCAGAACCUACACUUUGGGACUCCCAGCCUUUUGAGAUUGAGCCUUCACUUUAUUCAACGUCCGAUAAAAACAUUCUUGUUUAGACCAGCCUACCCAGAUGCUUAGAAAGUUGAGGUAACUUUAAACUGUUUUAUUAUUUUGACCUUUGUAUGUUUUAAAGCAAAGCUGUAAAUAUUUAUUGAUUUUGUUCUAUCUUUUUGCAAACCACUUUGAGGUCUUAAAUUUUUUUCAUCAUUCAAGCUAUGUAUAAAUUUCAUGAAAUAAAUAAGAAAAGCCGUU